CCCGGGCCGGGCGCUGCCCGCAAGCGCCCGCGGACUCAGCAGUCGGGACCCGGGCUCGCCCCUGCCGCCCGGGAGGGGAACAUGCCGCGCUCCUUCCUGGUGAAAACGCACUCCAGCCACAGGGUCCCCAACUACCGGCGGCUGGAGACGCAGAGAGAAAUCAAUGGUGCCUGCUCUGCCUGUGGGGGGCUGGUGGUGCCCUUCCUCCCCCAAGACAAGGAGGCCCCUUCUGUGCCCGGUGACCUUCCCCAGCCCUGGGAUGGCUCCUCAGCCAUCGCCUGCAUCUCCCUGCCCCUCCUUCCACGGAUCGAGGAAGCUCUGGGGGCCUCUGGGCCGGACGCCUUGGAAGUCAGCCGGGUCGACCCUUGGGCCAGCCGGGCCCCCACUGUACCCCUCAAAGACAGCCUGAACCACCUCAACCUGUCCCCACUGCUGGUGCUGCCCACACAGUGGUGCCCAAUCCUGGGCCCAGACGGGCACGGGGCUCCAGAAAAACUGCUUGGGGCUGAGCAGACGCCCCAAGCCCCCGGCGGCUUCCAAUGCUUCCACUGCUACAAACCCUACCACACCCUGGCCGGGCUGGCCAGGCACCAGCAGCUGCACUGCCACCUGCAGGCGGGGCGCGUCUUCACCUGCAAGUACUGCGACAAGGAGUACACCAGCCUGGGCGCCCUCAAGAUGCACAUCCGCACCCACACGCUGCCCUGCACCUGUAAGAUCUGUGGAAAGGCCUUCUCCAGGCCCUGGCUGCUGCAGGGCCACGUCCGCACCCACACAGGGGAGAAACCCUAUGCCUGCUCGCACUGCAGCAGGGCCUUUGCCGACCGCUCCAACCUUCGGGCCCAUCUGCAAACGCACUCGGACACCAAGAAGUACCAGUGCCAGCGCUGUGCCAAGACCUUCUCCCGCAUGUCCCUCCUGGCGCGGCACGAGGAGUCUGGCUGCUGCCCAGGCCCCUGAGAGGCACGUAGUCGGUGCAGGUAGGAGGGAUGGUCCUCGCCCUGAGAGCUGGUGUCCCUCCUACCGCCAGAGGAGCUGGGAGUCUGGGAGGGCAGGGCCUGGCUUCACACUUGGUGCAUCCUCCAUAUCUGUGUCCAGUCAGAACCAAAGACAUCCAGCGGGGCCACCGGGGCAGAGGACACUCACCCAGGCCUCCCACCUCACGGAGCCCACUCAGAGGAGACUCCUCUCCCAGCGAAGACUUUCAUCAGAACAAGAGCCAUGGUUCCAUUUCAAUGUGGUCAGGUCUCUGGGUCUGCCCUUCCAGGAGUCAGAGCCUUGGGGAGGUGGUCACCAGCAUGGGCCAGCACUGCUGCCAGAUGACUUGCAAGGAUGCCUCGUUCCCUUGCAGCAGAAAUGAACAGUUCGCACUUACAGUGAGCACGGCCGUAUGGUCCUUCCUCAGUAGGCACAACUACCUCUCAGCUGGCCCCUGCCAGCCUUUGGUUUGGGGUCUGGGACAAGCUGUCCCGUGUCACACAUCUAUGCGCAUGUGCACAAACAUGUACACAUGCCCUCCCCCUCACCAGACUCUCCAGAAGAUGGGGCAGGACUGGGGGAGCCCACAAUUGGUGGUUCGGAUGCGUUGGGAUGAGACGGGGCGCCUCUGGGAUUUGUCCUGUUCAGAGCCUCAAGCGGCUGGGAUCUCAGGGCACUCAACUUCCCAGGCAAGAACAGCCAUGGGGUAAUAAACGGUCUCUGCACA